UACAACAGAUCGAGCCGCGGAGACGAGUCGCACGCCGCCUCCGUAGCCGCCGUUUUUCGGGAAUACGCGCGGCCGACCGCGAAACCGUCACCGCGCACACGCGCCAAACAAACGCUAUUUAUAACGUUUAUAUUAUUAUUAUUAUUAUUAUUAUUAUUAUCGUACGCAUUGUCGACGACGUCAGAUCGUGUAGAUUUGACCUGUUAUCGUAUAUACGCAAGCCCGCGAUUGUCGAUUUUUAUCGUUUCGCGACGGAUCCGGGCCUGCAGGUCAUGGCCCUGGAGACGGAACGUUGCAGCCCGAACAACGCUUCGAGCCCCGGCCCGACGGACAACAACCGGCGGCCCGGGCUGGACGACUGCAGCGAUCAGACCAAAGAAGUGGUGUCGUCGUCGUCGUCAACGACAACGACAUCGCCGCAACAGCAGUCGCAGCCGGACGUCGCGGUGUCCGCGUUCCGUCCGGUGCGCGACGAGGCGGCUGUGGACGGUGACGAAAACCGUACUCCGAAGACAGUGGCCGAGGAAUCGUCACUGUUGGUCUGCAACAAGCCGCUGAGCAUAUGUUCGCCGCUCCAGAACAAGACCGUCGCCGCCGCGACGACGGCCGAUCCGCUCCACAACCGGCACGUUUCGCCGCCACCGUUGCAGCAACCCGCGAGGAAAAAACCGUCGUCAAACGUUCAGAAAACCCAGCAAGCGACUGCGGACGUGCCCCGAUGGGUCCACCAGCAGCAACAACACGCCGCCCACAACGGCGAUCACGGUCCGCUCCAACCACCGUCCACCGCAGCGGCCGCGGUUGCGGUCGAGUACACGAUGGCCAUGGCCGCGGCAGCAGCCGCUGCCGCCGGCGGUGGCGGUCACGUGCCGCCCGUGUUUCCGUUCAACUCGUGGAUGUACCGGUUCAACUUCCUACCGAUCGUGCCGGCCGCGGCCGAGUAUUUCCGGGAAAUGCAACACCACAACUUGCACCACCCGGCCGCCGGCGGUGGAUCGCCUGAAAUGAGCGACGAUCGACCGACGGCCGCGGCGCUGCACUUACAGUCGCAACACGCCGAGUUCGCGAGGCAACAGCAGCUAACCGGUACGGUGGCCAACCUACAUCACCAUCACAACAAUCCGGUAGUUCCGACGCCGCAAGUGGUACAGUCGGCGGCGCACCAACCCCUUCAGCCACCGCCUCCACCGCCGCCGCCACAACCGUCUUCGCUGCAGCCGCCGAUGAUGGCCACCGGUUAUGUUUCCCGGCCGGCCAGCACUUCCGGUUCGUCGGACGUAUCGUCGUCGUACGGGCCCCCGACGGCCGCCGGCGCCGGAACCACGAAGAACUGCGGUAGCUACCGUUCGCCAUCACCCCGCUCGCCCAGCCCGUACCGGUUGGCGUUUUCCGUCGACAACAUACUCAGACCGGAAUUCGGUAGCAAACUACAUCACCACCUGCAACAGCAACACCAUCAUCUCCAGCCUUUGCCGCAGCAACACCACUACCGCAACGGCAGGCCGUCGUCUGCGUCGCCACCACCGCCGCCGCCUUCCGUGGCCAAAAUGCACUUUAACACUCUGCUACAGAACAAGCCGCACUCUCAGCAAUCCAUUCCGUCGCUGCAUCGGCCCGCUCCGACCCGCCCCAAAGCCGUGGCUGUCGGACCAAAACGGCCGGUGUCCGCUGUUGCGGCGGAAAAGGCCAAUAAGCGUAAACCGGCACAGCAGCCGUUGCCGGUGUGCUCGCCCGUCAUCAUCAACAAUAACAACAACAACUAUGACAGCGACAACAGCAAGUCGGCGAACGGCGGCCGGAGCGACCACCACCACAAGCCGGACGACUCGGGCAACGAACAGGAAUCCGCGGGAUCGGACGCGACCGGAAGCGGCGACCAGCAAUCCAACGACAAGGAGAUGUGGCCGGCAUGGGUGUACUGCACCCGGUACUCGGACAGACCGUCUUCGGGACCCCGUUCGCGAAGGAUGAAGCGGAAGGACAAGUGUCCGGAAGAGAAACGGCCCAGAACCGCGUUUAGUGGUGAACAGCUGUCCCGGUUGAAGAAGGAGUUCAACGAGAACCGAUACCUGACGGAGCGCAGACGCCAGGAACUGGCUAACGAGCUGGGCCUGAACGAAGCCCAGAUAAAGAUAUGGUUCCAGAACAAACGUGCCAAGAUCAAGAAGUCCAGCGGCUCCAAGAAUCCGCUGGCGUUGCAGCUGAUGGCGCAGGGGCUGUACAACCACACCACGGUCGCCAUGUCCGACGAAGAGAUGGAUGACCAUCUGACGGUCGCGUCCUCGUAAUGUCAACUGGCACCGUCGUCGUCGCUGCUCUUAAUUUACCAGUAGGUUGUACGCAGAGUGUCAUUCCGCUGUAAAUCGUUUUUCCUCUAAAAUCAUUGUACGCGGGUCAACCAGAGUUCCUUCCGACGGUACUGCGCACGCUGUAUACAAUACAAAUGACGUGUUCUACAUCACUCUUCUUCAUUCCUACCAAUAACCACCGCUUACAUAAGUGUAUAUACGUUGGUAUUUUCCUCGUUUCUUCGACUUCCUAUAGUGUCUUUUUCGUUUCAUCUUCCUAAAAUCUCAUGUCUCCUCUCCCGCAGACCAUCUCAGAUCUGCUCAUAUUUUAUUUUAAGAUAUACGUGCGAUAUUAUAUGCUAUAGGCAUACUAUUUUUAAUGUAUAGUUGACGUGGUUUUUAUUUUUUGUUUUGUUAAGACGUUGUUUUCGUUUUCAUGCACAUAUACAAUGUAUAGUUGUAUAACGUGUUAAAAUUAUACGAAAUUUUUAAUUGUAAGACCCGUUCUCCGGUUCAUACACAUCGAACAUAUUAUACAUAUUAUAAUCGAAGAACGUGUCGUGUAAAUAAAGCAUAAUGUUAUAGAUUACAUAGGUAUCUCUAAAGUAAUAGCAGUCUUUCCGUAGGUCUUUGAUAGUUAUUGUAAGUAACACGAACGACAUCGGUAUGCGAUUCGUGUUGUCGUUCGGUCGGUCGAUGAUCUAUCUACUGUUAUAUGUACACCUGUAAGGCUGUUAUAUGUGUAUCACCGUUGAGUCAAAUCACUACUGUUUGUUCUAUGCGUAGAACAAUCGCGUUUCGUUUGAGAGCCAAUAAACCUUAGGCGCGCGUAUUAUAUGAUAAUAAUAUUAUGUGUGCAAAAAUGUAAAUACCAUGCCAUGCCGCGUUUUCGACCUCUAAAAUUCUAAUUCUUAUAUAUCAUAAUAUGCAUUUUGAAAACACAGUACAGUCGACUAUAUUGCCACGUGAUAGUCGCCGAUCUGAUAAAGAGCGUUAUGAGUAUUUUGAUAAAUAUCAAAAUUGUUUCACUAAUUUAUUUGAGAAUAUAAAUAAGAAAUCAUCAAUUGUUUCUGUAAAUACAUUAUUUAUUUAUACUUGGUUACACAAUAAUCGCGGAGCAGCGAUGGUUAUUAUCGGUGAUUUUUAUUUUAUAAAACAAUAUUUAAUUUAUUUUUUAUGCAAUCCUUGAUCAUCCUAUCAUCGUGGGUCUUAUCGCAAUAGAAUAUUACUGUACGAACAGCGUAUACCAUGCCAGUGAAUCGGAUCCUAUCGCCAUUUUUAUUUUUAUGAUUUUCAUAAAUAAUUAUUAACUCGUCACUAUAAUAGCCGUAGUGCAACUUAUUUAAAAUGUCGAUUUCACGUUGGUAAGGGGUUGAUUUGACCAAAUGAAUUCCUAUAACCCGUAAAACAAAAAAAUCGCUGUCCUUAUCGGUCAGUUCAGAAAGUGUAGGUACUCGUUGACGUAUAGCGUAGACGUACAUAAUGUAAGUAGGUAUAGGAUCAAUAAGCUCGAGGCGAUAAUAUAUCAUUUGAGUAAUCGCACGGCGUCUCAUCGUGAUAUCUACGACGUAUAAGACGAAAGACGAAAAAUAGACAGUGUGAAUUAUGUUUAGUUGUAAACAAUAUUACAAUUAUUUAGAUACGUGUUAAACGGUCAUGGUAGGUGUAAUAGAUAGGAUUUACGUCUUGAACCCGCGCGUCAAGUAAAUAUGGCUCUAUAUAGCAUGUAAGACAUGUACAUUUUAGAAAUAACGUAGACUGAAAUAUUUAGAUUUAUAUUUUAAGAAUUUUACAAUUACAUAUUUUUAUUUUUAAUUGUAUUUCUAGUCAUUAAUGAUUAUUUAUGUAUUAUUAUAUUAUAUAUUAUAUUAUUACGCUAAAUGUACUUAUAUAUUAUUACAUUGUCUGUAUACAGUGUACACAUGUAUACCAUAUAUGUAUGUACUCGACUUCUAUAAUAUGUAUUUGUGUUUAGGUGUAUCUAUACAAUGUUCCAUAGAAUCAUAUUAUAUUUACAUUUAACUACAUCAAUUUUUUCAUAG